AUGCAGGAUGGAAUAGACGGCUUGAGACAACGUCAUGCGAAAGAAUCUGUUUCCAACGAUGCACCUGACUUGAUAACGCUCUCGAAGUCAGAGUAUGACAGACUUACAGCAUUGGAAGCUUCAGCUAAACGCUAUGACUAUAUCAAAAAAGGAUUAGUGUGGCUUAUUGUGGGGGUUUGUUUUAUUGUGUUUUUAUUGUCUUUAGUCACAGUGAUGCAAGAUUCUACUGGCAGAGAUGCCAAACAAAAUGUUGAUCCUAUCAAAUACUACGGAAGUGAAUUAUUGCACUUGAAACAAGGGGCUUUGGCUUCUCAGGAUAAAACCAAUGAGUCUCCCGUAUCAUUCCGAAAAAAUCGACGACCAGGAAGGUUGUACCAUCGUGGUGGAAACUACGGACGAAAAGAGUGA